CUCUCUGAGAUCUAGUUCUCUCGGCAUGGAGAGCUCGGAUGAGAGGGUCGUCGCCGUUAUCAUGGUCGGCGGUCCUACCAAAGGGACUAGAUUCCGACCACUGUCGUUCAACACUCCGAAACCCCUUUUCCCAUUGGCUGGGCAGCCCAUGGUUCACCACCCCAUUUCAGCUUGUAAAAGGAUCCCAAAUUUGGCGCAAAUCUUUCUGAUUGGAUUCUAUGAGGAGCGAGAAUUCGCUCUUUAUGUCUCCUCGAUAUCAAAUGAGCUGAAAUUGCCUGUGAGGUACUUGAAAGAGGACAAACCGCAUGGUUCAGCUGGUGGGCUUUAUUACUUCAGAGAUAUGAUCAUGGAGGAUAGCCCGUCACAUGUUUUUCUGCUGAACUGUGAUGUUUGUUGCAGUUUUCCAUUACCUGACAUGCUUGAGGCUCAUAAAAGAUAUGGUGGGAUGGGGACAAUGCUAGUUAUCAAGGUUUCCGCUGAAUCUGCCCAUCAGUUUGGUGAGUUGGUUGCUGAUCCAACUACCAUGGAACUGUUGCAUUACACAGAGAAACCUGAGACUUUUGUGAGUGAUUUGAUAAACUGUGGUGUCUACGUAUUUACUCCCGAGAUCUUUACUGCAAUUCAAGAUGUCUCCAUGCACCGAGAAGACAGAGCUAAUUUACGCCGUGUAUCCAGCUUUGAAGCCCUCCAAUCUGCAACAAGUCGGGCACUUCCUACGGAUUUUGUAAGAUUGGAUCAAGAUAUUUUGUCACCCCUUGCUGGAAAGAAGCAAUUAUACACGUAUGAGACCAUGGAUUUCUGGGAACAGAUCAAGACACCAGGGAUGUCUUUGAAAUGUUCUGCUUUGUAUCUUGCCCAAUUCCGACAUACCUCCCCCCAUCUUUUGGCCGGUGGAGAUGGUACGAAGACUGCUACGAUUAGUGGUGACGUAUAUGUUCAUCCAUCAGCGAAAGUACAUCCAACUGCAAAGAUUGGUCCCAAUGUCUCUAUUUCAGCUAAUGUUCGGAUAGGUGCAGGGGUAAGGCUUAUAAGUUGCAUCAUCUUAGAUGAUGUUGAAAUUAAGGAAAAUGCAGUUGUAAUCCAUUCCAUUGUGGGAUGGAAGUCAUCAAUUGGAAAAUGGUCACGUGUCCAGGCUGAGGGAGACCACAAUGCAAAGCUGGGAAUUACCAUUCUUGGAGAAGCCGUGACUGUUGAAGACGAAGUUGUAGUCAUCAACAGCAUUGUUCUCCCAAAUAAGACUCUUAAUGUUAGUGUACAAGAGGAGAUCAUAUUGUAGGGACAGUUACGGCAGAGAGAAAGAGAGCUCUAACCUCCUAGUUUUGUUGUACUAAUGGUUCUGUAUAAUCGCGGUGCCAAAACAGGGAGGGACAGAUUUUUAUCGGCCGACAAGAGAAGGAAAAACAUUGCUUUGAUUUUUGCCAUCACAUAAUAAGAUGUCAUCAAUUUAUUAAAUCUCCUAUUUGGAGAGACAAAUAUUCCUAUAUGGAUAAAGGUUUGAUUGUUUUAGUA